AUGGUACUCUUGACAAUACUGUUCACACUCCUUGCAUUGCCAGUCGCUUUGACAAUCUGGUCUGCGCAAUCUCUCGCACAAAACCGCGCAAAAGCCAAAGCGACCGGCCUUCCUUAUAUCGAACGAUGGAUUUCCCCAAUGAAUCCAUUUUGGCUCCUCUGCGGCAGCAGAUUCGUGCGAUUAUGCGAACGCCUUGGUAUUGCGACUGAGAACAUGUCCCGCAUCUACUCAUACGGCUGGGAAGCCAACACACGCGCCGAGGUCCAUAAACAUGUCGGUAGCGACGUGUUUAUCGUGGUUCAUCCCGGUGGUCUCCAGCUUUGCGUAGCGGAUUCAGCGGUUACGUAUGAUAUUCUGCAGCGCCGCAGGGAUUUCCGACGUAACAUGGAAGAGAUGGCCGUUCUGAAUGUGUACGGAAAGAACCUAUCCACAACAGAUGAUGAGGAGUGGCAGCGGCAUCGGAAAAUGACUGGCGUUACAUUCACGGAAAAGAAUAAUGAGCUGGUUUGGAAGCAGUCUUUGAGUCAGACCGAAGGUAUGCUCGAAUUCUGGACCAAGCGAUGCAAGCAGCCGAUUCGUUCAACUCACGAAGACACCAAAGUCUUCACGCUCAAUGUCCUUGCAGCAGCAAUGUUCGACAAGGUCUAUCCGUUCGAAGGGAAAUCUGAGGAGAAUGAGAGCAAGCAUGAGGGUGACACGUCAUACAUGUAUCGAGCUUCUCUAUCAACCAUUUUAGGCUCCAUCAUUCAGAUCUUCAUCUUAGGUGAAGAAGGAUUGAAAGCUUGGUGGACACCCAAAUCCUGGAAAGGUGCCGCAGAGGCAAUGGUCACUUUUCGCUCAUACAUCCUGCAUUUGAUGAACGAGGAACGGACAUACAUAAAGCAAGGAAGGACUGAUCGCCAGCAUCUCGUCGCGCGAUUAGUGCGUGCAAUAGAAGCAGACGAAAAGACCAACGAUGCAGCUCUCGACAAACUCGCGGAGGAGAAUACAAUUACCAAGAAUGUGAAUAUGACUGAGGAGGAAAUCAUAAGUAACCUCUUUGUAUACGCAUUCGCCGGAAACGACACUACAGCCAUUGCGCUAACCAGCAUACUCUACCAUCUCGCUGCGAACCCGCAGUCGCAAGAAUGGAUCGCAGAAGAACUACAGUACUACCUUACGUCUAGUGAUACCAGCACAUGGAGCUUUGAGAACUUCAAAAAGCUAAAACGCUGUGGUGCCGUGAUCAUGGAAACCCUACGAAUCUGCCACCCCCUUUCCCAACUCGUCAAAACAACAGGUCCAGCCCCCCAGCCCCUAAAAUACAACGGCGAAACGUACAUAGUUCCUCCUGGAACAUCAGUCCACUGUUCUAUUCCAGCUCUCCACGCAAACCCCAAGUACUGGGGCCCUGAUCCUCUGGCUUGGAACCCGAGCCAGCACAUCAGCGCUUCAAGGUCCCAAGGAAUAGAGCUCGGUGUGUUCGAAAGUGAAGUUCUGGCACCAGAUACUUCCGAGCACUACCUGGCGUGGGCAUGGGGCCAGCGCGUGUGCCCAGGGAAACGCUUCUCGCAAGUCGAGCUUGUAGCUGUUCUAGCCGCGCUGUUGCGGGAUUGGAAAGUAGAAGUCGUGCCUGAACCAGGGGAAACAAAGGAAGGUGCGAUGAGGAGGGCAUGGGAGUGCAGUCUGAAAGUCGACCACGAAGGGCAUAUGUUGCAUGAAAUGGUCGAUCCAGAGAGUGUAGGGUUAAGAUGGGUGAAACGAGCUUGA